GACAGCUUCACUCUAAAGAGGUGUAUUGGUCUCUUCAUUGUCCCUUUGUCCUUUCCAGAAUGGGUUCUGGGAGGGCCCCCUGGGUAGUGGCUCUGCUGGUGAACCUUGUGAGGCUGAAUUCCUUCAUGACUGAAGGCAGAGACUCCCCAGAGGAUUUUGUGAUUCAGGCAAAGGCAGACUGUUACUUCACCAACGGUACAGAAAAGGUACGCUUCCUGGUCAGGUUCAUCUUCAACCUGGAGGAGUAUUUACAUUUCGACAGUGACCUGGGGAUGUUUGUGGCACUGACGGAGUUGGGAAAGCCUGAUGCUGAUCAGUGGAACCAACGCCUGGAUCUCCUGGAGACGAGCAGGGCCGCUGUGAACAUGGUCUGCAGGCAGAAUUACAGGCUGGGGGCCCCCUUCACCGUGGAGAGAAAUGUGCCUCCGGAGGUAACAGUGUACCCAGAGAGGACCCCACUGCUGCAGCAGAACAACCUGCUGCUCUGCUCAGUGACAGGCUUCUACCCCAGGGACAUACUCGUCAGGUGGUUCCGGAAUGGACAGGAAGAGAGGUCUGGGGUCCUGUCCACUGGCCUUGUUAGGAAUGGAGACUGGACCUUCCAGACGACGGUAAUGCUGGAAGUGACCCCACAGCUCGGAGAUGUCUACAGCUGCCUCGUGGAGCACCCCAGCCUCCCCAGACCUGUUUCUGUGGCAUGGAUAGCUCAGUCUGAAUAUUCCUGGAAAAAGAUCCUGAGUGGAGCUGCAGCGUUCCUGCUUGGCCUAGUUGUCUUCCUGGUGGGGGCAGUUAUCCAUGUCAAGGCCCAGAAAGCGUCUGUGGAGACUCAGCCUGGCAAUGAGGCCUCAAGAAUGCUUCUCCCACCUCACUCCUAGAUUGAAGCCUCAGCCUCCAAGGUGAAGAGUUCCCACCCUCAGAUUUUGUUGCCUGCACACAUGUAUUGCCAUCUGACACACUCUUUUGCCCUUUAUGUUUUCUAUGAGUUGGAACCUGAUGCAGACAAGGUGGUGGAACUCUGGUUUGAUUCUUUUGUAGUCUGGAGAAAGCCAUGACCAUUUCUGGAGUCACAGUUUGUCUUCUUGUUUCUCUUUUCAUGAUGUUACAACAAGCACUGAUGCUAAUCGCCCCAUCUGCUAAUUUACUGGGGAUUGCUACAUUGUGACAGUCUAAGUCUAGGAUUCUUUGUUUAUCUAUCCCAUGUUGUUGGUUCUGCUCACUGUUACCUGCACUAGAAAUUCAAUGUCGAUGAUGGUAAAACUGUUGGUGUCUUGCAGUGGUUCCAACCUACACAGUGCCACUGCUGCAGGAUUCUAUACAUAUAUUUCCCCUCUGUUAGCUUUUAAAAUUUAUCUGAAUUAUUAAAAAUGUAUUUUUAUUGGA